GUUUAAAGUACUUUCUUGUAGCCCAGUCUUGACUACUUGUUCAAGAAGUCUAUCUACUGCCACACAUACUAAGAAAAACACAAUCUUAAAGACCUUUUUACUAGGCACAACAUGUUUAGCAGGCUCCUAUUUUGGUUGGCAGAAAUACAAUGAGAUAGAAAACAAAGGCAAACUUGACCAAGAUCGCUAUGUGCCACUUGAUUUAAUCAAAAAAGAACAGAUAUCACCCGAUUCUUACCUUUUGAGACUGUCUAUAAAACCACAAGACAAAACAUACCCUGUUCCUUCGUGUGUUUAUAUUAAAGACGAUGCUAUUCAAGUCAUGAGACCUUACACACCUAUUAAUCAGAACCCAUAUCGUGAUGGCUAUAUGGACCUGGUUGUCAAAAAAUACCAAGAUGGUUCAGUCUCUCGUACGAUUACCAGUUUUGUGCCUUAUCAACAUCAAGUAUACACAAGAGGGCCUAUGGUAGAGCCGGAAUGCAUCUAUGAACCUAAUAGUUAUAAGGAAGUUGGGAUGAUUGCAGGUGGUACAGGUAUAUCACCCAUGUAUCAAUUAAUUUGCCGAAUUCUAGAGAAUCCAGAUGAUGAACAGACUCGUAUUUGGUUGAUUUAUGGCAAUAAGACAGAACAAGACAUCUUGUUAAAAUCAGAAUUAGACGCACUUCAACAGAAAUACAAAGAUAGAUUUAGACUGAAAUAUGUGCUAGAACAUCCGCCUGCCAAUAGCAGUUAUGAAAAGGGUUAUGUGACAAAGCAAAUGAUACAAGAAAUGAUGCUUGAUCAAGGAAAGCGCAAGAUAUUUGUUUGUGGACCAAACAGAAUGUUGGCUUUUGUUUGUGGUGAAAGGGCAAGGGAUUAUUCUCAAGGCCAAGUGACUGGAUUGUUAUCUGAAUUAGACUUUCAUUCUGAUGAAACAUGGAAAUUCCAAUAACAAUAAAAAAAAAAAAAAAA